CCUCCUCUAAUGAAGAAAGAGUGAACAAGUGCACCGAGUUGAGCUGCUUCUCGCACUGCCACCGGGGUAGGGACAGUGGACGGGCUGAAUCCCCAGACACUGUCUUCAGGGCUGCGCUUCCCUCACCACCACCCUCAGCCCACCCCACCCCCUCCCCUCCCUUUCUGUCUUCUCCUUUCUCUCCCUCUUCUUCGCAUUUUACCGGCUGUUCACGUAACAGCUUUACACACAGUGGAGCUCCACGUCCUUCUGCACGAGGUGUUUGAGGAAUGAAACGGCAGACUUUGCUCCCCGGCAAAAUUUGUUUACGGAAGCAUCAGCUUGCAUGCCUUUCAAUUGGAUGUGACUUCUCUUUUUGAAGAAGCUAAAGAACUGAUUUCCUGUUCAUGGAGGUGAACACUGAGGAUGUUUUACACAUGAACCCUGAAGGGAACCACUGAUACCUCUCCUGUUGAAAGAGAAGGGAGCCAAAAUGAAGGAAAAUGUGGCAUCCACAAUUAUCUUCAUUUUGCUACUUUUUCUCAACACCAGUCUUCUAAAUGGACAGUCACCUCCUGGAAAACCUGAGAUCGUUAAAUGCCGUUCUCCCGAAAAGGAAACAUUCACCUGCUGGUGGAAGCCUGGAACAGAUGGAGGACUUCCCACCAAUUACAGUCUGACUUACUACAAGGAAGGAGAGACACUCACCCAUGAAUGUCCAGACUACGAAACUGGUGGCCCCAACUCGUGUUAUUUUAACAAGAAGCACACCUCCAUAUGGACGAUAUACAUCAUCACAAUACAUGCCACCAACCAGAUGGGAAGCAGUUCCUCGGAUCCACGUUAUGUGGAUGUGACGUACAUAGUUGAACCAGACCCUCCUGUGAAGCUGAAUCUAGAAAUGAAGAAGCCAGAAGACAGAAAACCAUUUCUGUGGAUAAAAUGGUUUCCACCCACCCUGGUUGAUGUAAGAUCCGGUUGGCUCACACUUCAGUAUGAAAUUCGAUUAAAACCUGAGAAAGCAGAUGAGUGGGAGACCCAUUUUGCUGGGCAGCAGACACAAUUUAAGAUUCUCAGCUUAAAUCCAGGACAGAAAUACCUUGUCCAGGUUCGCUGCAAGCCAGACCAUGGAUUCUGGAGUACGUGGAGCCCAGAGAGUUCCAUUCAGAUACCUAGUGACUUCCCCAUGAAAGAUACAACCGUGUGGAUCUUUGUAGCCAUUCUUUCUGCUGUCAUCUGUUUGAUUGUGGUCUGGGCAGUGGCUUUAAAGGGCUACAGCAUGAUGACCUGCAUCCUUCCUCCAGUUCCUGAGCCAAAAAUAAAAGGAUUUGAUACCCAUCUGCUAGAGAAGGGCAAGUCUGAAGAACUCCUGAGUGCCCUGGGAUGCCAAGACUUUCCUCCCACUUCGGACGGUGAGGACUUGCUGGUGGAGUUUCUAGAAGUGGAUGACAGUGAGGACCAGCAGCUAAUGCCAGCCCACUCAAAGGAGCACCCUAGUCAUGGGAGGAAACCCAACCGCCUGGACCAUGACAGUGACUCUGGCCGGGGAAGUUGUGACAGCCCUUCCCUUUUGUCUGAAAAGUGUGAGGAACCCCGGGCAAAUCCCCCCACAUUCCAUGCUCCCAAGAUCAUUGAGAAGCCAGAAAAUCCAGAAACAAGUAUAACCCCAACCUGGGACCCCCAGAGCUCAAACUUGGAAGAUAAAAUACUCUAUUUUCAUGCUGGGGGAUCCAAAUCUUCCACAUGGCCUUUAUCACAGCAACCCAGCCACCACGACCCAAGAUCAUCUUACCACAACAUUGCUGAUGUGUGUAAGCUGGCCAUGGGCACAGCGGAUGCACCAGCCACUGUUUUGGACAAAGCAGGAAAAGAUGCUUUAAAAUCCUCUGUGACCACUGAGAGUGGAGAGCAGGAAAAGGCAGACAAGCUGAUGGGGAUGGAAAGCUUCCAUCUCAAGACUGACCAAGACACAGCAUGGCUGCUGUGCCAGCAGAAAGCCCCCUUUAUCUCCACUAAACCCUUGGAUUAUGUGGAGAUUCACAAGGUCAGCAGAGAUGGAGGACUCUCAUUGCUACCAAAACAGAAAGAGAACAAUGACAAAACAGAGAAGCCCCACACUCCUGAAACCAGUAAGGAGUAUGCUAAGGUGUCCAGGGUGAUGGAGAACAACAUCCUGGUGUUAGUGCAAGAUCCACGAGCUCAAAAUGUGGCCCUGUUCAAAGAAUCAGCCAAGGAUACUCCUCCAUCCCUUCAACAGAAUCAAGCUGAGAAAAAUCUGGCCUGUUUCACUGCACCACCUAGCAAUUGCAGACUCCAUGUGGGUGGGUUGGAUUACCUGGAUCCGGCAUGCUUUGUGCAACCCUUUAAUUGAUAGCUUGACCAAUGGAAUGAUCGAGCAAAAUGUAAUCUUUCUUCAGGUAAUACUACAGAGUAAAGGAAAUGCAAUUUAGUACAGAAUGCUCAAGAAUGUGGUUGGAAUGACACUACUAAAACUCACUAGCAGUUCACUCCUUUUCAUGCUCCAUUUUCAGCCAGUUGCCUCUUUCUCCAACAGCCGAUUCCAGAACAAAUCAUUUUGUUUCCUGUGAUUUGUAGAUUUAUUGUUUGCUAUUAUUAUAAAAUUAUGUGUUCAAUGAAAAAGCAUAUCGCUUAGUAUUCUUGAGGGACAAUGACAAUAAGUAUAUUCUUCGGAAAAGGCUUUCAAAGUUUGGUGUGAUAAGAUGGGAGGGAUUGAAAGACUCUGAAUGCGUUUACCACAGGAAGAGGAAAGCUUUGAAGAAAAUGCCAUGAAAACCGUUUUUGAAACCCAGUUGCUUAACCUUCGACCCCUCGUUCAGGUUAUUAGGAUUAACCAAAUACAAUUCAUUUAUAGGAAGAAUGCAUUCCAGAACACCUGACUGAUUGUUUACACCAGUUCCCAUACCUUACUGAUGCAUUACCAUUAGGCAAGUAGAAACGAUGCCUCCAAUUUUUUCUUAAAAUAGUUUGAACAUCUUAAGCAUGGAUUUUUCCCUAAAUUUUUUCUCAUUCUAAAGCCUCUAGAGAAUGUAGUUUUGAAAAGUAAAAUUUUCUUACCUGAUAGGCAAAUUAAUUUAAUGUGGUGAAUCCUUUUAAAGUGGUUUCCUGCUUCAUUUCAACAUGAUAGUUAUUUAUUACAUACCCUGGUCUUCUCAUAGUGGGGGAAAAAAAUCCCAAAAGACUAACUUUAAUUUGAAAGAUAAUCACAGCAGGAUGCUGAUGGAAAUACUGCCUUACUGUACAUACUAAAUUCUACUUUAAUACAAACCCAUAAGUUUGACAAUGUAUUUUUGAAGACUAUUUUUCUAUCACUUAGGUAAAAUAAAAGACUAUUUUCUAUCUUCCCAAUACAGCUGUUUACGUAUUCAGUGGGUUAAGUAUUUUCUGCUCUAAGGUUACAUAAUGAGUACUCAUAGUACGCAGAGUAGUAUUUGCAGUCUGUUUCUGGAGUAAAAUGCAAAUGCAAAGCCCACUGAAGAAUAUGAACUGGAUAACAAAAUUCAAUUUCCAACACAGGAUAGUAUAGUUUAACUGAGUUCUUUUUAUCUCCAGAUAAACAGCAAUUGCCAACUUAGGAUUUUAGGACUCUACAGACCAGAAAUUACUUCUCCUGUGAGUUUAAGGCUACUCUGGGGCUUCUACCCAUCUCUAGGUAAAUCUUCAAAUAGCUAACAUGAAAAAUAUGAGUAGUAACCCCUACCAUGCUGUCUCAGAGAGAGGGUUUCUGUUUGUUUUGUUUUUCUGAGCAAUCGUGGGCAACAAAGAAUUUUUAAACAAAGACAGUAGGUAGUAUUCCUCUGAAAUAAAACCAUUUUGCAAAAUUUUAGCAGAAUUGGAGACAGUGCUCAUGUCAGAAGUAUCCAGAUAAAAGUUCUAGGAAACCAGAUGUUUGUGGAGUGAUGGGAAAGCUUCAAAGGCUGGGCUAUGAUAGUGAGGCUAUCUAAGUCAAUGUCAAGGGCAGGCUCCCCAAAAGGGGUUAAAAGCCUGGAUCUCCAUUUUAAAGGGAGUAUAUAUGACUCAUCUGCUGCUCAACCUGCCUCCCUUCUAUUUUUCAUUUUGUCUGAUGGUGGAAGCACAGCAUGUGUCCAGACAGCAUUUCUCCAUUUGUCUUCACUAGCUGGACAUAGAGUAAGUGAGCACGCCUCUGUGUGUUAAAAAUAUUCCAGCCAAACAAGACCAUGUUGACAGGAACUGAACUCAGAGGUGAUCAGAUGUUUGAAAAUGAAUAUAUUACCAGUGUUUCCAGAAUUGUGAAAGUAAUAGAUCUGAGGUUCUAUUUUCCCUGUAUACAAACAACAUCCUGAAAGUGAGGGACACAUUUGUGAAAUUUAUCCAAACUUGUUUGAUCCUCUAGAUCCUGACUACUCAAGGUGUAGUCUGAGGACUGGAAAUGUUGGCAACACAUGGGCUCUGUUAGAAAUGCAGAAUUUCAAGCCUUACCCAAGACCUAGAGAAUGUGAAUCUGCAUUUUAUUAAGAUUCCCAGAGGAUUCAUGUGCACAUUAAACUUUGAGAAGCACUGCCCUCUGUGAUCAUUUCCACUAAUGAGUACCUUAGUGCACAGAAACAAUUCUAAAAAAGCACAGAUCAACUCUGUCCCACACUUCAUAGCGCUCAGAACAACAUUGUAUUUGAGGAGAAGAUGCAAUUAAAACAAAAAAAAAACAACAACACCUAUUGGUGGCUUAAAAUAAUGGUACCAAAUGACCUGUAAAAGUACAGGGCCAGAAAGUAUAGCCUACCUUAAGAAGCACUGAACAAAGACUAUGAUCCUCAAAGAAUACAGACUAAAUGUUUCCCUACAUAGUACAUUCUUCUCCAAAAUGUGUGUCAAUCACUCUUAUAGUUGGACAAC